AUGCCGAAGAGUAAACAACGAACGACAGCUGGAUCUACAAACACAGUAACAGAAUACAAUUUGGAAGAAAUGAUCGAAUAUCUUCGACAGAAUCCUAAUGCAGCAUAUGAUGUUCAUAAACAUCUUACUCAAGUUACACAUCUUCAGCAUCUUAAUUUUAAUGCUCCUAUCGAAUCGUCCACACCUCAAACACCAAAACCUACGAAUGCAACUCAUGUACCAGGCAAAAAUCCAGUAUUAGGUCAAUUGCAACAACAACCUGCAGAACAACAACAAUAUCAACUACCAUUUGAACAGUUGAAACGGGCCGUUUCAAGCAAUCUGCCAUGUUUUCUAAUUGAAUUUAACCCUAGUACGCCCAACAUGGGUCAUUUCUGA